AUACUUACCUGCUGUGUGCAGUGGUUUUGCACAGAGCAGCCUGGAUCCUCCUCUUCUCAGGUCCCCGCAGGCUCUCCUGGCUCCUCCUGUCAGUCAGAUGCCUCCACAGCAAGCAGCUUGCUAUGGGGGUACCCGCAGCUCCGUGUGUCCAUUCACACAGGGAGCCUUGCCAAUGAGGAGGCAGAGACCCAUGACAGCCGAGGCUGUCAUUCACAUAGCUGGAUCGCGAUGAGGCUCAGGUAAGUAUUGAGGGGGCUGGAGGCACUGCUGCACACAGAAGGUUUUUUAGCUUCAUGCAUAGAAUGCAUGAAAGUAAAAAAACCUUCAGCCUUUACAACCACUUUAAUUGCUU